AUGUCGGCUCCACAACCAAAUGAAGCAGAAAAAAACAUCGAGAUAUGGAAGGUUAAAAAACUCAUCAAACGCCUCGAGGCUGCUCGUGGCAAUGGAACCUCAAUGAUCUCCCUCAUCAUCCCCCCCAAGGAUCAGGUGUCUCGUGCCGCCAAAAUGUUGGCCGAAGAGUUCGGUACUGCUUCCAACAUCAAGUCAAGAGUCAACCGCCUGUCCGUCCUCUCCGCCAUCACCUCCACCCAACAGCGUCUCAAGCUGUACAACAAAGUGCCUCCGAAUGGUUUGGUCGUCUACUGCGGUGAAAUCAUUACCUCGGAGGGAAAAGAACGGAAGAUCAAUAUUGAUUUCGAGCCCUUCAAGCCUAUCAAUACAUCCCUGUAUCUCUGUGAUAACAAAUUCCAUACCGAGGCUCUCAGUGAACUUCUCGAAUCCGACCAGAAGUUCGGUUUCAUCAUCAUGGAUGGCAAUGGUGCCCUAUUUGGAACCCUGAGUGGUAACACCAGAGACAUCGUCCACAAGUUCUCGGUCGAUCUCCCCAAGAAACACGGUCGUGGUGGUCAGUCAGCCCUACGUUUCGCUCGUCUGAGAGAAGAGAAGCGUCACAAUUAUGUUCGAAAGGUGGCAGAGUUGGCUGUCCAGAACUUCAUUACCAAUGACAAAGUCAAUGUCGCUGGUAUCAUCCUGGCUGGUUCUGCAGACUUCAAGAACGAUCUGAAUCAGUCCGAUAUGUUCGACAAUCGUUUACAGUCCAAGGUCAUCAAAGUUGUUGAUGUCUCCUAUGGAGGUGAAAAUGGUUUCAACCAAGCCAUUGACCUCUCUGCUGAGACUUUGAGCAACGUCAAGUUCAUCCAGGAAAAGAAAUUGAUCGGCAAAUACUUCGAAGAAAUUAGUCAAGACAGUGGUCGGGUUUGCUACGGAGUUGAUGAUACACUCAAGGCUCUUGAACUUGGUGCGGCUGAGACAUUGAUCGUCUACGAAAAUCUCGACAUUACUCGUUGGGUUAUCAAGGCUUCAGAUGGUACGGAGAAGAUCCUCCACACCACAAAAGCCCAAGAAGUCGACCGUGAACAAUUUAUGGACAAAGAGACUGGUCAAGAGAUGGAGGUUGUUGACCAAACCUCCUUCCUGGAAUGGCUUGCCGAGAAAUACAAGGACUUUGGUGCAACUCUGGAAUUUGUUUCCGAUAGAUCCAGCGAGGGCAAUCAAUUCGUCAAAGGUUUUGGUGGUAUUGGUGCCAUUUUGCGUUACAAGGUCAAUUUCGAGCAGUUGGCUGAUGUUGAUUCCGAGGAUGAAUUUUACGAUGAUUGA